AUGACGCAGUCGUUGGAAUCUUUCAUGAACAAAGUUAUAUCAGUGAUUACUGGUGAUGGCCGAAAUAUUGUUGGCCUUAUGAAAGGAUUUGAUCAGACUAUCAAUCUUGUUCUUGAGGAUUCCCAUGAACGUGUGUUUAGCGAAGAAGCAGGUGUUGAACAAAUCCCUCUUGGUUUAUACAUUGUUCGAGGCGACAAUGUGGCAGUCGUUGGUGAGUUAGAUGAGGAUUUGGACAAACGGCUUGAUUUUGAAAAAAUGAAAGCGCCACCUUUAGCGCCUAUAUGGAUUCAGUCGUAG